UAGGCGCAUCACCAACUUUUAAAGCCCCUGCUGCUUCUUUGCAGCCCAGCGUGCUCGGAUCUGCAGGUGACUGGCUCGUUUUUGUUUUCGUUUCGUUUGGCUCUCCAGGUGAGUAAACAGCAGGCAGCGAGUAACAGCUGACCUUAACACACACCCACGACCCACCUAAUCGUCAGUCGUCAUCUCCUACCCUGCUGCAACCGAGACAGUGUGUUUACCAUCGCACCUUGCCUGUACCUGCAUUUCUUUGGCGGCCAUGGGGAGUUCAGGCGUGAACCUCUCCCGUGCCGUCCUCCCGAGCUUCGGCGCCGGCAGGGGAGGCCGUGGUCGAUAUGACAGGGGCGUGCUGCUUCCGUUGUCGUCGAGGAUGCACGGCAAUGUUGGUGUGGCGUGCAGGUCCGGUGGCUCAAGGCCCUCCUUCUCGGUGCACGGGCACGGCGGCGAGUCAGGAGCCGGUUCGACAUCGUCGGCGGAUCGCGUUGGCGGGAUAGGGGUUGCCGAAUUCCUCGGGGGCAAGAAGUUUCUUAUCACCGGCGGAACUGGGUUUCUGGCAAAAGUUCUUAUCGAGAAGAUUUUGAGGACAAAUCCUGACGUUGGCAAGAUAUACGUACUAAUCAAGGCCAAGGACAGUGAGGCAGCGUUGAGGAGAUUGCAAAAUGAGGUAGUAGACACAGAGCUGUUUAAAUGCUUGCAGGAAAUCCACGGGAAAGACUACAACAGCUUCGUAGCUAGAAAGCUGGUUCCUGUCGUCGGCGACGUCAGGGAGGCCAACAUCGGCAUUGCCCCUGAGCUUGCCGACGAGAUCGCGGACGAAGUGGACGCCAUCAUUAACUCGGCGGCGAAUACCACUUUCGAUGAGAGGUACGAUGUUGCAAUGGAUAUCAACACCGUAGGGCCGUUCCGGAUCAUGAGCUUUGCGCAGCGAUUUAGACGGCUGAAGCUGUUCUUGCAAGUGUCAACAGCAUAUGUGAAUGGGCAGAGGCAAGGUCUGGUGCUAGAGCGGCCGUUUCGCAUGGGAGACACCAUAACCAAGGAGUUGGACUCCUCAGAUUCGGAACAUAAGAGCACCGUAUUGGACAUCGAGGAAGAGAUCAAGCUGGCCUUUGACUCCAGAAGACACUCCGAUGAUUCUGUUUCUUUUUCUCAAGAAAUGAAAGACUUAGGCCUGGAGAGGGCAAAACUCCAUGGCUGGCAAGAUACUUAUGUGUUCACGAAGGCCAUGGGGGAGAUGGUAAUCAACAGCAUGCGGGGAGAGAUACCGGUGGUCACGAUCAGGCCAAGCGUCAUCGAGAGCACCUGGAGGGACCCCUUCCCGGGUUGGAUGGAAGGAAACAGGAUGAUGGAUCCUGUUGUGCUCUACUACGGCAAAGGCCAGCUGAGUGGGUUCCUCGCCGAUCCAGAAGGCGUUCUUGAUGUGGUUCCGGCUGACAUGGUGGUGAACGCGACGCUGGCGUCGAUGGCGAAGCACGGCGGCGCGGCGUCGGGGCCAGGGAUGCACGUGUACCACGUGUCGUCGUCGACGGUGAACCCGCUGGCGUUCGGCGACCUGAGCCGUUUCCUGUUCCGGCACUUCACGCGGCGCCCCUACAGCGACGCGGCGGGGCAGCCGAUCCUGGUGCCGCCGAUGCGGCUGUUCGACAGCAUGGAGCAGUUCGCGAGCUACGUGGAGACGGACGCGCUGCUGCGGAGCGCGCGGGGGACGGCGUUGUCCUCCGAGCGGCUGUCGCGGCGGGCGCGCGAUCUCUGCGCCAAGUCCGUGGAGCAGACCAUCCACCUGGGCAGCAUCUACGAGCCCUACACCUUCUACGGCGGCCGGUUCGACAACGCCAACACGGAGGCGCUCUUCGCGGCGAUGUCGGCGGCGGAGCAGGCGCGGUUCCACUUCGACGUGCGGAGCGUGGACUGGACGGACUACAUCACCAACGUGCACAUCCCGGGGCUCAGGAAGUACGUCAUGAAGGGCAGGGGCGUCGCCGCCAACCAGCUGCUCGCCAACACCUCCGUGUGAUCCGACGAACCAGCCAAGGGAUGCGCGAUGGCGUGUAUAGUAUCUGUCAGACUCUUGUUACGCGGCGGCCGAUGACCAACCAAUCUUGCCGCAGGAUCGAUCGCCGAUCACGCUAGCUGCCUCCUGACAGGUGUGACACAUUACAGGCUAAUUUGUUCGUAGUA